CGGGGUAUCUAUCUAUCCAGCCAUCCGGGAGAUUGCACAGCGUCACUCUCGCCUCCUUCCCACCACCUCUUCCUCCUCUCCGUGAGGCCGCCCCCAAGCCUGCACCGCGCGCCACAGGAAGGAGGAGGGGAGGAGGAGAUGGCGGAGGCGAAGCAGCAGCAGCAGCAGCCGGCGGCGGCGGCGACGCUGGCGUCGAGCGGGGUGUGGAAGACGGUGAAGCCCUUCGCCAACGGCGGCGCCUCCGGGAUGCUCGCCACCUGCGUCAUCCAGCCCAUCGACAUGGUCAAGGUGAGGAUCCAGUUGGGUGAGGGCUCAGCAGGUAGUGUCACCAAGAAGAUGCUUGCUAAUGAGGGAAUUGGUUCCUUCUAUAAGGGGUUGUCUGCUGGUUUGCUAAGACAAGCAACAUACACAACCGCUCGUCUUGGAUCCUUUAGGGUUCUAACAAACAAAGCAGUUGAAGCAAAUGAUGGGAAGCCACUACCUCUAGUUCAGAAAGCUGUUAUUGGCCUCACUGCUGGAGCAAUUGGAGCGUGUGUUGGUAGUCCUGCGGAUUUGGCACUCAUUAGAAUGCAGGCUGAUUCAACCUUGCCAGCAGCCCAAAGACGCAACUAUAAGAAUGCUUUUCAUGCACUUUACCGUAUUGUUGCUGAUGAAGGUGUUCUAGCACUCUGGAAGGGUGCAGGUCCAACUGUAGUGAGAGCUAUGUCCCUAAAUAUGGGCAUGCUUGCAUCAUAUGACCAGAGUGUGGAGUUAUUUAAAGACAAAUUAGGUGCUGGAGAAAUUACUACUGUACUUGGGGCCAGUGCUGUUUCAGGAUUCUUUGCAUCUGCUUGCAGUUUACCCUUUGAUUAUGUGAAGACACAGAUUCAAAAGAUGCAGCCCGAUGCUUCUGGGAAGUAUCCAUACACUGGGUCCCUUGACUGUGCCAUGAAGACCUUGCAAAGUGGAGGCCCAUUUAAGUUCUACACUGGCUUUCCUGUGUACUGUGUCAGGAUUGCACCACAUGUCAUGAUGACUUGGAUAUUUCUGAAUGAGAUCCAGAAGUUCGAGAAGCGUUUAGGCGUUUAAGAGCUAGUUGGUUGGGUCAUGCUCCGCUCCCCUGAGACAUAAUAACAGUUCUGCUGUACAUAGUCGAGCAAUUGGAUCAGAUAAUUAAACAAAAUUAGCCUAUAGGCUACCAUGGUGCUUUGAGCCAUUGACACCAAAUGACCAUAUCAUUUGUUUUACUUUGGAGCAUUUCUUGGUAGAUUUUGGUCUGACAUACUGUUAUUGGUUGAACACGACUACCAGGAUAAAAUAAACAUUGCUCAUUCAAUAUACGACAUCAAACGGAGCCAGAUAUCAUGCAUAUCUUUUUUAGGCCGGCGAUGUUUAUCACUCAUAU